AUGAUUAUGGCAUCGGUGUCAGAAUCUAAUUGUGUGGGGAAUCUAUCUUCACACACGCACGCAAAGGACAAGAGCCAGUUGGCAGACGAUAUACGGAUUACGACCUUCCCUGGAGAGUCUCGUCCUAUUGCAAUUCAAUGGGGAGCCAAAGCUCUGAGCGAUCGGGGGCCUGUCGUCGCCAGCAGACGUGGUGAAGGCUUUUCCAAGCAUAACGCCAUUGGCGCCUAUGCAGGCUCGUACUGCAUAUACCAAGCACUGGCGGUAGGAGCAAAAGCGGUCCAGGCAGAUCAUAUUGCGGACUAUUCUAUGUCCGAGCCGAUGUUUCACCUUCCCCCACAGCAAGCUUGGUUCAAUAAAGAUGAGAUUGUUUCGAUGGAUCCACUAGGCCACUUAGCGCCGGCGCUAUUUGGCAGAAUUGCCCAAGACGAGCAGGUUGAGGUCAGGCCUACAGUCGCAAUAACGAAGGCUACAAUGCAGGUGCCUGAAAUUAGGGAAGCGGUCGUUCUGGGAAGGCUCCCCGUGGACGGAAAGAUUGUAGCAAAUAAGAAUGGCGAUCUGCGCGUUUCCAAAAUUGCUGUAGAACAGGUGUGGUACCUCCCAGGAAUUGCCAAGAGAUUUGGAAUGAGUGAGGAGGAGCUCCGGACAACUUUGUUUGAGCAUACGAAUGGCAUGUACCCUGAGUUGGUUACCAGGCCCGACCUGAAGGUGUUCCUGCCACCUAUCGGAGGCCUGACAGUCUACAUCUUCGGCAAUCCUCUCGACGUCUCUGAUCCUGCGAAGAAAUUGACGCUGAGGGUGCAUGAUGAGUGUAACGGGUCUGACGUCUUCGGUUCUGACAUAUGUACCUGUCGGCCGUACCUAAUCUUCGCAAUUGAGGAGGGUGUCAAGCAGGCACAAGCUGGCGGCUCAGGUGUGGUUAUAUACUUCCGCAAGGAGGGAAGGGCACUGGGUGAGGUCACAAAAUAUCUUGUCUACAAUGCUCGCAAAAGGUCAGGCGAUCACGCAGCAGAGUAUUUCAAGCGCACGGAGCGCAUUGCGGGAACCGAGGAUAUGCGAUUCCAACAGCUGAUGCCCGAUGUUCUCAAGUGGCUCGGUGUCACCAAAGUUGACAGGCUCAUUUCCAUGUCCCACAUGAAGUAUAACGCCAUCGCAGAUUGCGGCAUCAAAGUAUUGGAACGAGUGCCAAUCCCCUCAGAGCUAAUUCCGGCUGAUUCGCACGUAGAAAUAGAGGCGAAGGUGCAUUCUGGCUACUUCACGCAUGAUAAGGUCCCGAGCGUGACCGACCUGAGGCGCUGUAAGGGAAAACAGUGGUUCUGA